AUGAUCUAUAUCCUCAACAAGCUUCAACAAGCCCGUCUCGCUCGUGGUAUUCAACAUGCCCGCCAGUACUUGCGUUCUGCCAUUGCUCGUGAUUUUCAAAGACAAGGCUUCCUAUCUAGUGAACAAGUGGAGACCAUCCUCCGUGGUGGAUCCAUCUCUACCUCUGUGAAUACUGACAUGGACACCCAAGGUUUUGAAUCCUCUGCUGCCUCUUCUUCUUCCUCCCCAGUGUUUGCCACUGGUGCUGCUGCUUCCUCCCUCGCUGGUGCUGUCUUUGAAUCCGCCUCCCUCUCUUCUUCUUUACCGCCAUCCUCACCUGCUCCUCCUGCUCUCACCCUAACCACUUGGAAUGCCAAUGGCCUUGUCCGUCAAACCGUCAAUACUGUUACUGACUAUCUAAGUGAUUUUUCUCUCAUUUUCAUCACUGAAACAUGGUUACUCCCUCCGUUACGCUUCCCCACAACAUGGCAGCAGUUCCAUACCUAUGGUAAACGAGUCUCUGGUGAUCCUCAUCACACACAUCGUGGCCAACAAGGUAUCACACUUUUUGUGAACCCCACUUGUCCCUACCCAGUCAUGCCUCUGCCUUCCCGCUCUCCCUAUGUCUUUUCUUGCCGUGUCUCCAAAUACCUUAUACAUUGCCUGUAUUUGCCACCAUCCUUGUCGGAUCAAGAAGUAGCUACUCUCUUUGAGGGCCCUGAUGCUUUGGAACAAGAUGCCAACACCAUCCUUUGUGGUGAUUUCAAUGCUCGAAGUCAAGCCCUGCUUGGUGACACUGCUACCUACACUCGUGGUUCGUGGCUGCAUGAAUUCAUCCUGUCCAAUGGAUUGCACUGCUGGAAUGCGCUUUUGGCGUAUGGUAUCCCUACCCUCUCUUCACCAAGUCGGUUGGACAAUGCUCAAGUUGGACAUACAUCGUGGAAUAGUAUUGUUGAUCUGAUCAUCAGCUACUCCCCCCUUCUUGAACCUACCAUGACCAUCCAUGAUGCCAAUCUUGGCUCUGACCGUGUGCCUGUGUCUCUCUCCUUUGUUCCCACUACUGCUCCACCUCCUGCUGCUCCUCAUCCUCGUCUUCUCUGGAAAUUGUCAUUAUUGGAUGAUCACAAGAGUGUAGAGCACUACCGGGCUUUGUUUAGGGUAGAAAUAUCCCCUAUCAAAACUGCACUAUUGGCAGAAGUUAAGUACACACUAGACAUGCUCAAUCACAACCACAGUACCUCUACUCACGCCAACUCUUCAAAUAUCUCUAGACCCCAUCCACCGGAUGUAGAUAUGUUGGCUGAUAGCCUCACGCGGGCUAUCCAUACCAGUUUGGACAAAUCAGUUGGUCGCCAAAAGCCUCCUGGUCCUCGUGGUAAUGCUCGGUUCUGGACUGAUUCACUCCAACACUUGGUUGAAUUACGUGAGGACGCUCGAAGGGCUUGGAAACGAGCUCCUGAGGGCGUAGGUAAAGCUCUGCACAACUGCCUAUAA